AUCUUCACGACAUCCAUCUUGCGACGCGUCUGCUCGACAUUGAUAACCACAGAUCUGGUAAUCGGCGUUGCUGGGGCUUCUCUGUGCAGAAGAGAGCACUGAUGAUUCCAUUCCUCUUUCUCCCGCCCACCGUUCUUCUCGCCGCCUGCGCCUCUGCGAUCCCUGUGUCUGAUCAGCAGCCUUUGGGCGCCGGCAUUUCGAUCGAUGCGGACCGUGUCAGCGGGCGGCCCUCGCGUGGGCUUACAGGGCGCUUCUUGCAUAUAACAGCAGAUUUCCAUCCAGAUCUACACUACAAAUCAGGCACCGACCAGGAUGAUGCAUGCCACCGCGGGGAAGGCUCGGCGGGCUACUUCGGCGCCCAGGGCACAGAAUGCGACUCCCCUUCCUCGCUGAUCAACGAAACCUUCCGAUGGAUUUCCCAGAACUUGAAAGAUAACGUGGACUUCGUCAUUUGGACCGGAGACUCCGCCCGCCAUGACAACGACGAGUCUAUCCCCCGGACGGAGGAUGAAGUCAUUAAGCUUAAUGAUAUUAUCGCGGACAAGUUCUACGAGGUGUUCCAGAAAAGGGACUCCCCCCGUGGGCUUUCGAUCCCGGUCGUCCCCACCAUCGGAAACAACGACAUCAUGCCGCACAACAUUAUGAAGGAUGGUCCGAAUCGCUGGACCAAAAAGUUCUCGGACGUCUGGUCCAAAUUCAUUCCCGAACAUCAGCGGCAUUCGUUUGUGGAGGGCGGCUGGUUCACGUCGGAAGUGAUACCGGGCAAACUGGCGGUGAUCAGCUUGAACACAAUGUACUUUUACGACUCGAACUCUGCAGUCGACGGAUGCAAAUCCAAGUCGGAACCGGGAUUCGAGCACAUGGAAUGGCUGCGCAUACAGCUGAAGAUACUGCGAUCCCGCGACAUGAAAGCGAUUCUGAUCGGGCAUAUCCCUCCUGCAAGAUCGGGACCAAAACGGAGCUGGGAUGAGACGUGCUGGCAGAAAUAUACCCUCUGGGUGCAUCAGUUUCGAGAUGUCGUGGUCGGAAGUGCCUAUGGUCACAUGAACAUCGAUCACUUCAUGCUACAGGACAGUCAUAAAGUGAAAAUCGCCGACACUAGCGAGGACUCGGAAUCCUCGACUGCACCCGACAGCUCACUAGAUGACUUUUCGGUCCUCUCUCGUUCAAGUUAUCUCUCCAGUUUGAGAAAGGACUGGUCAAAAAUGCCAUCUCCGCCUCAGUCCAAGGCGAACAAAGCAGAUUUCCUGGAGGAAUGGGCCGCCGAGGAUUCUCUUGCACCGACCGGCGAUGAUCGCCAUGCGCAAAAAUCGAAGAAAAAGCGCUUUCUCAAAAAGAUCGGCGGUCCCUAUGCGGAGAGAUAUAGCGUGUCACUAGUGUCUCCCAGCCUAGUACCAAAUUAUUUCCCGACUCUGCGGGUUGUGGAGUACAACAUCACAGGACUGGAAGACACAGUUGUUUGGAGUGAUACUUCGGAGGAGCCUGUCGAUGUUGAUUCGCUCUCGGACGACGAUGACAAUACCGUCUCUACCGACAAGAAGAAGAAGCACAAGAAGAAGAAGGGAGGAAAGAAGAAGCCUCCAAAUUUCAAAGUCCCAGAGCCCCCGUCAGAGUCAGCUCCCCCGGGUCCAGCUUAUUCGAACCAACCCUUCACUUGGUUGAGCUAUACCCAGUACUUUGCCAACCUAACAAGGAUCAAUGAGCAAGUGUCAAAAGCUUCCGAACAAUCGAACAAUUCUAGCAUGAUGGAGACGGGAAAACCCCCUCAUGACGACAUUUUCUCAUUUGAAGUCGAAUAUGAUACCAAGGACGACCACGCCUAUAAAAUGAAAGACCUCACCGUCCGCAGCUUCUUCAAAUUAGCCACGCGUAUUGCGGAGAAUCACUCAAUCAAGAGCAGCAGCGACGAAGUCGAUGCGGAGAAAAAGAAAAAGAAAAAGUCCAAGAAGAACCGAGUUUGGCGGGCGUUUCUGCGACGAGCGUUCGUCGGGUUCCUGGACGAUGAUGAACUUGAUGACAUUGAGACAUGA